UCUCUUCCCCAUGCUGAGUCACUGGGGUAGGGCUGCAGUAUAAGAAAGCAGCACCUGAUCCUUGUACACGAACAGUCCUACUAGAGCUGCACGGAUCCACAUGGCGUCAAAGAAGAUUAUCACCGUGUUCGGAGCCACAGGCUCUCAGGGGGGGUCGGUCGCCUGCGCCCUCUUGAAGGACGGCUCCUUUGCGGUCAGGGCAGUGACUCGGGACACCAGCAAACCGGCAGCCGUGAAGCUGAAGGAGGCCGGAGCGCAGGUCGUGUCCGCUGAUCUGGACAACGAGAAAAGCCUGGAGGCCGCGUUGUGCGGAGCUUAUGGAGCGUUCGUGGUCACCAACUUCUGGGAGCAUUUCAGUAAAGAGAAGGAGGUGAAACAGGGCAAAGUUAUCGCGGAUUUGUGCAAACGCCUGGGCCUGCAGCACGUGAUCUACAGCGGACUGGAGAACGUCAACAAGUUGACGAAGGGGAAGCUGGAAGUUUUGCAUUUUGACAGUAAAGGGGAAGUGGAGGAAUAUUUCCGACAGAUCUCCUGCCCCAUGACCAGCAUGAGACUCGCCUUCUACUUUGAGAAUUUCCUAACUCUCAUGAAACCACAGAAAUCGAAGGAUGGCAAUAGCUACGAGCUGGUGCUUCCCAUGUGUGACGUCCCCAUGGACGGGAUUUCUGUGUCGGAUCUGGGGCCAGCAGUUCUCAGCGUCCUGAAGAGUCCAAAGGAUUAUAAAGGGAAGGACAUCGGACUCAGUGCGGAGAAACUGACGGCAGCACAAUAUGCCGCCAUCAUGUCCAAAGUCUCCGGCAAGGUCAUCAAGGACGCCAAGAUUUCUCCUGAGGUUUAUGAGAAGCUGCCCUUCCCCGGGGCACAGGAAAUGGCCAGCAUGUUCAAGUUUUACCUGAUGAUCCCCAACCGGGACGUGGCGCUCACCCACAAACUGAACCCCAAUACCAAGAACUUCCAGCAGUUUCUGGAGGAGAAGAAGGAGGCCUUCAUCAAAGCCUUGUAAACCGGGGGACGGGUUUAUUUUUGAAAAUAAAAAA